AUGUUCGCUGCCGCACUUCUCGCCCUCGCAGCUGCGCUCCCCCUUGCAUCUGGUCAUGCUUCGAUCUGGCAUCCUAGCAUGUACGGCUUUAACGUCACCGACCACACCUACGACUACGACAACCGCCCCGUCGCCCCGCUCACUAACUACACCUUCGACCAAUGGUGGUUCCACGGCCACCUCGACCACCCGCCUAACGCGGGUGACUUCUUCGAGCUCCCGGUGGGCAAGCCCGCCACGACCGAGAUCGCGUGCAACAAGGGCGCGACCACCUGGUUCAACUCCUCCGAGGGCGGCGAUAUCCGCCAGGGCGAUAGCCCGUGCCCGAACAGCGACCCGUCGGCGUACCACACGAAGGGGAUUGACGACGUCAAGGGCUGCGCGUUGGCGAUCGCUUACGAGUCGGACGUCACGAAGAUUCAGCCGGAGGACUUUACGGUGUUCAGCAUUAACCAAACGUGUGUCUGGACGCGCUUCACCGACUUCUCGGUCCCCGCGCGCAUGCCGCCCUGUCCCCCGGGCGGAUGCCACUGUGCUUGGCUUUGGAUUCAUUCGCAAGAUAGCGGAGGAGAGCAGAACUACAUGACCGGCUUCAAAUGCAACGUCACCGGGUCGACCUCCAACGUCCCACUCGCGAAACCGCAGGUUGCGCGCCGCUGCGGUGCCGACACCGACAACAAGAAGCCGGCCGCGCCCGGAAACUGCACGUACGGCGCCAAGCAGCCCCUGUACUGGUUCCAGCAGGAACGCAACAACAUGUUCGAGGGAACGUACUCGCCGCCGUUCUACACGGACCUCUACAACUUCAAGGACGGCGCGCAGGACGACAUCUUCGUGGAUUCGUAUCCGAACGGUCUCCCUACGCCCAGCCCGAACUCCACGGUCGUGCCCACGCCGUUCCUGGGCAACGGUAUCGCGCCGGCGCCGACGAGCGGGUCGGAUUCCGCAUCUUCCGAUUACUCGUCCGCCUCCAGCAUUGCGUCUACCUUUGUCUCCGCAAGCUCGAGCUCUGCAAGCGCAGUUUCAAGUACGGCCACUACAUCAUCAUCAAUAUCUAUAGCGUCCUCAACAGCUGCAACCUUCUCAGCGUCUACGCUUUCGCAGUCGGCAUCGCACUCUUCCGCGGCCUUCUCGUCGUCGCUCUCGCCCGAGCUCCCUCUCUCCACCCAGUCGGCGUCGCUGUCCUCGAUCUUCGCGAGCGUCUCCGCCACGAGCCCGACGUCCGCAACAGUUUCCGAGUCUGUCUCCGUCACCACCUCGACCGCGACUGUAGUCAGCACGCUGGUCAUCACUCUAACCGCCAACGCGUCCGCCACGACCGCAUCUUCGUCGACGCUCGGAUCCUUCUCAUUGUCGUCUUCGAGCGUAUUUUCGCCCUCCACGGCAGCAUCUGCGACGCCAGUCACCACCAGCGCCCCCGCACAGAGCACCAUCUUCCUCAACGGCGGUCCCUCGUCAGCAUCAGCUAUACCAACGACCUCUGCGGCCGCGACCGCAUCCCCCUCCCAGUCUGACAGCGCUGCGCGUGCGGCGCCGACGACCAUCGACCUCAACUUCGCCGUCAGGCCGAACAGCUCGUCUGAGACGACCGUGCGCGCCGCGGCGCGUCCCCCCGUCUUGGCUGCCACCAACUCAAACUCCAUGUGCAAACGACAGCUCAAGCGGCAGUUCAAGCGGAAAGUCGCGCUCCGCCGGCGCGCUGCGGAGCCUUCCGUCGCUCCUCACACCGAGUCGCCUUACACCGCGCGCGCGGACGAACAGGAGCCGGAGAUCCUGUCAAGGAUCAGCAUCCCUGGGCUCCGGCGACACAGGCGGCUGCAGGAGCGGAGCUCGCUGUGGCGGUUCUUCUAA